AUGGAUUUCAGUAAGCUGGUGUCCUUUUUAUACGAUUUCAUUGGUCCAAGAGUGCAGCCACGUUUCAAGGGAUUUCCAUCUUCUUACAAGGGGCUGAAAUGGGAGGAUCUGCAAAAGGUUAAGGAAGAUCCUCCAAUGUCCCCACAUGGGUCUGGGUCGAGCUCGGGUGAGCUUCUUGAAGUUGAGCAGUGUUGUGUGUGUUUGUCAAGAUUGAGGAAGGGGCAGGACACGCGUACUCUACCUUGUCUGCAUGAGUUUCAUAAGGUCUGCGUUGAUAGGUGGUUCGAUGCGUGCAGGAAAACCUGUCCAGUUUGCCGGUUUUCCAUUGGAGGAGAAGACAAUUUUCAUAUACAGGAAGUGCUCACGGAUGAGAUGGUGAUAUGGUUUUCUUCUUUUCAUGUAGCUGGUUUCUAG